AUGGGUUCGCCCCGGUCACCUUUCACGGAAACUUCUCCAUCUUCAAUCCCUAUACCGGGACCAGGAGGCUGGAUGGAUAGCACGGGAUUGAACGCUGUCGCUGGACCUAGUUCAGAAGGCGCUUUACCUAGUAGAUCUAGAGGUAAUACACCAUCACCUCCUAAAUCGCCUUCCUCCGCUCCACCUACUCCUUCUGUGAUCGCUUCAACGCAUCCAUCCCAAUUCAUACAUACCCAUCAUCCAAGACGUGGGUCCUUGACUCCUCUUGGUCUCAAUCUCAUCUCUCCCGUUGCUCCUCACGUCGCUCGAGAUGCUGGUCAGAUGUCCGCAUCGCGUAGCGUAGGAUUCCAUCAGCCUUGGACAAACAGCGACAACAACACUGCACUGCCUAAUGGUGGGGUUUCGCUCGGUCAUCGACGUGGAUCCGCUGCGAGCACAACAUCAACCCUCACUCAAUCUAGACCUUUACCAUCUCAUCAAUCAAAUCAUUCAUUUUAUCCGCCCGAUUGGAACCCCGGUCGUCGACGAUCGUCCCUCAAUCCCGCUCUUCCUUCUCUAGCUGCCCCUUCACCUACCCGAACACAUGCCAGUGGAAAAUCUUCCAGACCAGUGAGCAGUGAUGGAAGCGGCAGUGGCGGUAGUGGCAUGCCUUCUUCGCGCUCUCGUGCUCGAGUGUCGGGGGCAGAACAAGUCGCUCCCGAUUCUUCAGCAGCGGCUCCUAUAUCUGGUGUGCCUCCCGAGGUAUAUGCACGGAGAGGAAGUUUACCCCACCCUGGCUAUGGUGGUUGGGCAGGACCAGCACAUCGUACUUGGAAUCCAGUCUUGCCACCUCCAAGAGGUAGCGUGGGCGACAGCAUCGCGGACGAAGCACAAUUGCCUGAUGAAGGUUUUAAAUUUGGGUCAGUCAAUGCCAAUAGUGGUACAUCCGCUGCAUCCGCCGCUCUUCGAGCUGUUGAGGCAUCACCCACAGGUACAAGAAGACCGUCAAUCAGGAAGAGGGACGACAUGGAUGUCUUUGAGAUAGCGGAAGAAGCAGAGGCGGACAGACAACGUCGCGCCUUUUUAGCGGCGACCUAUGGUGAAGAUGGGAAGAGAGCAAGAGAAAGGUUGAGUAUCGGAGGUCAAAGUGGUCAAGGUCCUCCGGGAACACCGGCAAGCGCUCUUAGACGACAAAGCUUGCUACUGUGGGAAAGAAUGGGUAUCAGUAAAUCACCCGGAAGCGGAGAUGAAGUUGGUCCCAGUUCUGCUCCCCCCCUUCCGUCAGCCUUAUCCCACAUAUCGCCCACGGGAGCAUUCUCGGAAGGUGACUUUGCCCAGCGACGUGGUAGUCUACCUAUAGCGAUUCCUGGUGGAGGUUUUCGUAGAAGCUCAUCGCGUCGCUCGACUAGAGGAAUGAAGAAAGGAUCACCUUCGAGGACUGUCCAUCCUGACAUUGAAACGUCCCCAGCAGAGGAAGAAACCAGCGAUGAAUCGAUGGACGAAGACGAAGACGAGUAUGAUGGAGAGAGGCAUGGACAACAAAACCUUUCUGCACCUCUCAGACCUUUGCCGCCUCUACUACCGUUGUCGGACCCCGGACCCCGCUUACUCCCGUCUACACUGGCGUUACAUAGAGCAAACCAUUUGCUGCAAUCACGUAAUUUACAGUCCGAUCCAUUACCUCACCCACUGCCUCCGUCUCUACAUCCACCAGCACCCGUGGACGUCACAGAGUUUGACAUAGAUUUUAUUCUCGCUGGAUCUCAAACUCAGCUGGGUGGUCAGGGAAAACAAAAAAAUGCGCACAUUGACAUUCUAAACAGUGCCAAUUCUUCUCUUCAGCCUCAAACACCUACACUCAGACUUGGCGGUGACGAAGAGGACACAUUCGCUAAAUUCGUCGGAGCCUUCGAUGAUGAAUAUGGCGAUAGAAGAGGAGAGUGGACCUUCCGUGCCUGCGCACUCAACAACACUGUGCCACUGUCUCCCCGUGAUCCGCUCGACGUGUCGAUGGGACCCGGUCCUAAGGCUGAGUGGGAAUCAAGCGGUGCAGGCAAAUACGAACUGUUCUCCAAUGGCGAAGUCAGAUCAGCUGUGACUGGCCGAUCAUGGCGGGUGUACAAGCUCGGUUCAAGAGAAUACGAACUGGAAGAAGUGAAAAAUGCGUACAAUUCCAGUAAGACUGUAUUGACUCACACAGGUCCCCAUUUUGGGGGGGAGCGGUAUACUUUAGCCGGUAAAAUUGUGCACAGAGAUCAAGGUGGCGUCAAAUUGCCUCAUUUCAAUACGAGUAAUUGGCUCCAACCUCAACACCAAGAACAUCAGAGCUCAUCAGGAUCGGCAAGAUCGGCUUCAACCGUACACACUUCCGAUUCACAUUCCGACAAUUCUCAGUUGGAACGUAAAGAAAGGUUGAACAGUCAGGCGUCGACAGUGACGAUGACUCCUGCUUUAUCACAUGGCAUGCCAUUGAGUGCCGCCAUGGCGGCACUGGCAGGAAACAAAAAGAAGCAGUCAAUCGCUGAGGAAGAACAUCAUCGAACGUCAUUCUCGGGUAAAGAAGAUAAACCCAAGGGUAAAGGACUGAUGAGGAUUAAAAGUAAAGAAGCCGAGACUGAAGGCAAGAAAGAUAAAUCUCUUGGUGGAGUGUUCAAGAGAGCUUUGAAAAGUUCGGGAUUGGGUGGAUCUUCAUCAUCUGAUGAGAAGAAAGCUCAACGUGAAGAGAGGGAAAGGGAACGAGCUCAAGCUCACUCAUGGUCCGGAGCAUCGAACGUUACACAUACCAACUGGUUCAGUGGAAGCUCCAGAGGCUCGGACGGUCUACCAUAUAAAGCUCAAGCUCACGUCCAGCCGUCUGAUCGUGAAAGAGCAAUGAUCAGGUCACAUCAAUCGGCUUCAAGUCAUCACAGUGCAACCAGCUCAAGUGAUAGUGGUGGACCAUGGUCAUCGGGUGAACAACCUAAAAAAGCCGCCUCUUCAACUACCAGUGGAGAAGACAUCAUCAUGGCCGAACCCACUGUCACUGCGCCUAAGUGUAGGGAAGGAAAGGCCUGGAAUGGUGUACCAGAUGAAGCUGUCGCAAUGAUCAUUCCAUUGGAUGAGAUACCUCUGGCUAGACCUUCCCUACCGACUCGACAACCUAGCACCCAUCCGUUCUUCCUCGAAGGCUCAAAACAAGUCUUGUUGGUCUGGUAUGUACCAUUCAACGCAGAACCGGAUGACACAGAAAAUAGACCUUCAACGGCUUCUUCAAAGACAUCCAUAUCGGAUCUCCCACCGCAACCUUUCUUAACAUCAGGUACAGCUACUCCAGGAUCAUUACCGAAACUUCAGAAACUUUUGCGACGCAGAGCGAGUAAAGACAACGGGGUCAUAAAGAGAGAGACUAUCUCACAGAGUCUUGGAAAUAUCCAUUCUCCAAUCAAACCACAAGCGAUCGGACGUCAAUCGACGCAACAAUCAGUCUCUGGUUCAUUUUUACCGCCAUUACCUUUCAGAUCUUUCCGUGUAGUAGCAAAAGUUGUUGAUGUUCAAGAACUGAAAUCGGAAAGUGAAUCCGUCUUUGACAGUGGAAUGGAUUCAGAAUCAACGAACGCGUCGUCUGAUGCACGGGAUCUCAAGGUGACACAUUCGACCAAUUCACCCGUACCAGAAGGUAACACCAGUAAUCAAGAUGAAGAUGAAAUAUCACCUUUCAACGAUUACAAGAAAACCGUUCAAGUUUCCAAAACAGGCAAAUCAAUGCCAACUGUAAUCGCAGUGUGUCAUUCAAGAUCACAAGGUGUCGAAUUCGUCUUGGAAGGUUUAGAUAGAUUAGGUUUAUGUAAAGGUGAAUCCGCUUGGGGUCCAACAGGUUAUGAAGAAUGGCGAGGUACAGGUUUAUCUGAGAAAGGUAGAGAAUUUUUGGAUAUCCUCUGGGCAGGCUGUACAGGUGUCAUGGGUCUAUCAGCUUUAUAG